AUGGAACCUGACUGGAAACUAAUUGGUGAAAACAUCACCAACUAUAUUGAUAAUGAAACAUUCUUAUCAGCAAGGAAACCGCCAGAUAUUUGCAACAUUCUUGAUAAUGCAAAAUUAAGUCCACACGAAUUCAUAACUUUAUUUACAAACUUAUCAAAAUAUCAUGGCAAGUCAGAUAUGCUGGUGAUGCUCGGUCAUGCGCGUAAAUCAGAAUUAGCAACUCAGGCAGAAGUUGAUAAAAUCUCGUCAACUAUCUCAUCAAUUCUGGGAAUAAAUAUUCUUGAUAAAGUAUUUUCAUUUACUCAAAAUAAAACUCGACAGCAAAAUUCAAAUUCUCAAAUCCAAGAUGAGGAUAAAUUCAUAAAUAUUUAUGUUAAUUCUUUCAUAGGAGUAUAUUGUCCAUUUGAAAAUAUUAAUUUGAAUACUACAAUCAAGGAUUUUAAAUUAAAACUCCAAAAAGAAUCAGGGAUCCCAGCAAAUAAGCAGCUUUUAUAUUUGGGAAAUUUCUUAUUGCCAAAUAGCGGCACUUUAGAAAAAUAUCUCAGUCCUAUAAAGAAAGAUAAUGUGGGUGCACGCCUUUGUCUUCAUGAUGGAAUAGCGAUUUCAUUUAAUAAAAUUCAGGUUCCUAUUGAUAUUGAUGAUUUUAAUAUCACAGUAGAGAAAUUAAAAGAAAAGUUUUACAGUAAAACGGGAUGGCCAAUAAAAUAUCAAACAAUGACUUAUAAUGGAAUCAUUAUGGAUGAUAAUCGAACAUUAAACUAUUACAAAAUUCAAAGAGGUUCAGUAAAUGAAGUUAGAAUUCAGUAUGAUAUAUCUGAUCUUAAGGGCGGCCAAUGCAUUUAUAUACGUCUGAUAACUGUCAAAACUCUAGUACUUUAUGCUGAUAUUUGGAACUCGACAGUCUUUGAUCUUAAAUUGCUGAUUUGUGAUAGUGAAGGUAUCUUCCCACGAGAUCAAGACCUAUAUUAUGGUGGGGAACGACAUUUAGAAGAUAAUUUCAAAUUAAUUGAUUAUGAUAUCCAAAGAGAUUCUACUAUUUAUCUUUCCCGAGUAAUGCGUGGUGGAAAACCAGUGAUAUAUUUGUAUCCAAAGGAAGAAAUCGAUGCAAAGGUAAGUAUCAAAAUCAAUAAUGGUGAAUUUUCAUUUGUUUAUCCUUCAUUUGACGAAGAGAACACUUGGAAUGUAAAAGCACUUCCGUCAGGAGAGAUUAUCCACAGAGGAAAGAAGCUGAGAUAUCUCUUCUGGGAAACGCUCUUUUAUCCUAUUCUCAAUAUGGAUAAAGGAUUCAUUAUCAAAGGCGAAGAGAGUGUCUCUUUCUUCGAGGAUAAGCUUAAUUCUAUGAACUUAAACGACACAGAAAUAUGCGAUUUCAUCACAUAUUGGUGUCCGAAGCUUUGCGGUUAUAAAUACAUCAAAGUAUGCUUCCAGUUCGAAAACUUCGACGAAAUGUGUCCAAUGAACGUCGAACCGAAACCAGAUAACAUUAACAGAGUCUUCUUUGCAGCUCUUCCUUUAGAAAAUACGUGUGACAUCGAACCCCAAGAACUUCCAGCAUUCAAACGUGAUGGUUUCACAGUAAUCGAAUGGGGUGGAACUAUUGUUACAUCUGAAAAGUACUAA